GUCGGUCCAGUUCAUCUACUCUCGGUUGUUCAAGCCAGAAAUUUGGUUGUAUGAUGCAAAAUGGCUGACAAUAAUAAGAUUCCUAAUGUAAGAGCGAGGUUUCAGAUCUACAGGAACAAAAACGAGAUCAAAAUGGUGGAUACUAAGAAUUCUUUGCCAACUGAAGAUGAUGACAGAUUAUACCAAGAACUCAAAGCCUUCGACGACUCAAAGGCUGGCGUUAAGGGCCUCGUUGACGCUGGCAUCACCAAACUCCCUAGAAUUUUCAUCCGUCCACAAGACCACACUGCCGGGGAACCAAACACAACGCAAUUCACUACUCCAAUUCCGGUGGUCGACCUUAGAAACGUCGAUUUCCGACGAGAUGAGGCGGUGUCUUGUGUUCGGAAAGCGGCACAGGAGGUGGGGUUCUUCCAGGUAGUCAAUCAUUGCGUGGCGAAGGAAGUGUUGGAGGAGAUGUUGGAGGGGGCCCGUGCGUUUCACGAGCUUCCAAGAGAAGUGAAGGAGGAGUAUUAUAGUAGGGAGGUGAAGAGGAAGGUGAAGUAUAAUAGUAACUUUGAUUUGUAUGAAUCAAGGUCUGCCAAUUGGAGGGACACAUUAUUUUGUGUUAUGGGACCUCAGCCUCUUGAUCCUCAAGAGCUGCCUCUUGUUUGCAGGGAUAUAACAAUGGAGUACUCCAGGCUUGUUCAUAAAUUAGGGAUUUUUUUGCUUGAAUUACUCUCUGAAGCCCUUGGGCUGAAGCCUGACCAUCUGCUAAAUUUGGAUUGUGCAAAAGGUCAUUGUCUUCUUAGUCACUACUACCCGGCAUGCCCAGAGCCUGAGCUUACCAUGGGCACCACCAAGCACUCUGAUCCUGAUUUUCUCACCAUUCUUCUUCAGGACCAUGUUGGUGGACUCCAGAUUUUCCAUCAAAAUCAGUGGAUCGAUGUUCCUCCGGUGCCCGGAGCUCUUGUAGUAAACAUUGGAGAUCUUUUACAGCUUAUGUCCAAUGACAAGUUCAAAAGUGUGGAGCAUCGCGUACUGGCAAAUCAUAUAGGUCCCCGGGUAUCUGUGGCCUGCUUUUUGACACCACAUUUAUACCCAUCUACCAGGAUGUACGGCCCAGUCAAGGAGCUGUUAUCGGAGCAAAAUCCUCCUGUAUACCGUGAGACCACAGUGCAAGAUUUUAUUGCCUACUAUAAUUCAAAAGGACUCGAUGGAAAUUCUGCUCUUACUCAUUUCAAGUUGCUAAGGUAGACCUGAAUAAACGAGGUUAGCCUGGCCAGAUCGUGAAAUGUUAAAAGAACUUGGAUGCUGGAAUUCUGUUGAGGUUGAAAAUAUUGUAAAAUUUCUAUCCAUAGUUUGAUUUUAUGUGUGGAUCAAAAUUAUGAACAUCAAAUAAAGGAUGAGAAUAUACUGAUAAUUUUAUCAAGAAAUCAUCCAUGAAAGUUACAAAUUA